AUGGCGUAUGUUACUUGGACGUUGAAGGAUAGGCCGCAGAGUUUGUGGAAGUUUGAUGCGGUGUGGAUCUUUGGGACGGGUUUGGAUGGUGGGUUUGCUGGGGAGGUAGGCAAUGGGAGCUGGAGGGAGAAGUAUCCUUCGUUGCCGGUGAAUAGCAGGGAAGCUUUGGGAUUGGCGAAAUCGUGGUUGGAACGCUGUGAGAGCUCUCAUAAGAUUUGUGGCGUGAGAAGAAAUGAUUGGCAUCCUACUCGACUUCUGUAUGUCGGCAACAACACCAUCAAACUCAAGACAGACAUGACUACUCCAGUCAGGUACGCAACUCUUAGCCACUGUUGGGGGAAGCUCCAUAUCACUAGACUCGAAACCACUAACCUCGACCAAUUCAUUUUGAAAAUUCCUGAAUCCGCGCUCUGCAAGACUUUUCUUCAUGCCAUCGUGGUAACAAGAUUCCUUAGUUUGGAAUAUCUCUGGAUAGAUUCUUUAUGCAUCAUUCAAAACGAUGCCGAGGAUUGGGCAAAAGAGGCUGCGCUUAUGGCUGACGUUUAUGGCCAAUCCACAAUCUCCAUCGCUGCUUCGGGUGCUGUGGAUGGGAGUGAAGGAUGUUUCUUCGAUCGAGAUAAUAGAUAUUUCUGGAACAUGCCCUUCAAGGUUUCCGAGAGUGGCAAGAAGCAAACACUUAUUAUGGCGAACACACAAAUAUUUGAGCGCUGUAUUCGACAUACCGAAUUGUCCAAAAGAGCUUGGGUCUUACAAGAACGUUUGCUUGCACCCAGGACACUACAUUUCAGCAAAGCGCAAGUAUCUUGGGAAUGCAAAGAAGCCAACGCUUGUGAAUCAUAUCCCAACGGCUUUCCAGAAUUCUUAGACAUGAAUUCUGCACUCGACGGCUUUGCGAAAGGCGCUACUCCUAGCUGGGAGAAGGUCGUACAGCUAUAUUCGAGAUGCUUGUUGACCUUUGAGAAGGAUAAACUUCCUGCUUUGAUGGGCAUCGCGAAGAUGUUCCAGGAAGCUACGAAGAUGAAGUAUCUUGUUGGGUUG